AGAAUCGACCGGACAUGAAGAAAGAGCCGGCAACUCGGAUCUCAGCUUGGCAUGCUGACGAAGGAAGGGAUAAAAAACGCAAAGCCACCCGAUUCGAACCCUCCGAUCCACCCUUCUUCUUCUUCUUCUUCUUCUUCUUAUACUGAAAUCAUCCCGAGCGAUCAAUCACCAAACGCUCUUCGAUCAUGAGACUGGUAGUCCCAUUGCGAGGUAUCGUCGGAGGCCGAGGAGGCUUGAUCCUCGGCACUUUCGUCCCCUGCGCUCUCUUCUGCUACCUCCAUAUCAGGCGCCUCCGCUUCCUCGCCACCCGGCGGGUCUCCGAAAGAGCCGAGCCGAUUGCGAAGGCGGAAGAAUCGCCAUACUACGUGGGACUGGGUCGAGUUUCGCAGGAUCCUUUCGACGAAGUCGCUAACCCGAACGGGAUCAUCCAGCUGGGAUUGUCCGAGAACAGGUUGUGCUUGGAUUUGAUCGAGGAAUGGCUGUCUGAGAAUCUGACUGGCGCAAUGAUUGGACAUGGAGGCGACAAGCGUCAUUUGGGCAUUGGUGGGAUCACGGGGUACCAGCCUCAUGAUGGAGUGACGGAAUUGAAAGAGGCGAUGGCGGGCUUCAUGUCGCAGGUUAUGGGAGGAGAAAUCUCAUUUGAUCCAUCACGAAUUGUACUCACAGCUGGUGCAACUCCUGCUAUAGAGAUUUUGUGCUAUUGCUUGGCUGAUCCCGGAGAUGCAUUUCUUGUUCCCACACCCUAUUAUCCUGGUUUCGACAGGGAUAUGACCUGGCGAACUGGAGUUGAGCUGAUUCCGGUUCAUUGUCACAGCGCUGACAAUUUUAUUCUAAGCAUUGCUGCUCUUCAACAAGCUUUCAAUCAAGCCAGAAAAAGGGGGCAGAGAGUUCAGGGAAUCCUCAUCUCUAACCCAUCAAACCCUGUGGGCAAUUUACUGCCGCAGAAAACGCUCCAUGAUAUUUUGGACUUUGCCCGAAACAAGAAUAUCCACAUAAUCUCUGACGAGAUAUUUGCAGGUUCCAUUCAUGGGAAUGAGGAAUUUUUUAGCUUGGCCAAGAUUUUGGAUGCAGAAAAUUUUGACAAGAGCAGGGCUCAUAUUUUGUACGGUCUGUCAAAGGAUCUAUCCCUAGCAGGCUUUAGAGUUGGGGUUAUAUAUUCAUAUAAUGAUGAUGUUUUGGCUGCUGCCAAAAAAUUAACCAGAUUUUCUUCUGUCUCUGCACCCACUCAGAGGUUACUGAUUUCUUUGCUUUCGGACACGAGCUUUAUUGGGAGAUAUCUAGAAACAAAUAGAAAGAGGAUAAGGAAGAUGUAUGAUAUAUUUGUGAGUGGCCUCAAAGAAAUAGGAGUCAAGUACGUGGACAGCAGUGGUGGUUUGUAUUGUUGGGUGGAUAUGAGCGGACUUAUGCACUCUCACAGUGUGAAGGAGGAGCUUGAGUUGUGGGACAAGCUUCUGAAUGUUGCAAAGGUCAACGCAACACCCGGUUCGGCAUGCCACUCCAUAGAACCAGGCUGGUUUCGUUGUUGUUUUACUACAUUAUCUGAAGGCAACAUUCGUAUUGCAAUAGAAAGGAUACGUAAAGUUGCUGAAAUGCAUAAAUCUUCAAGAUGAUGAAUCAUGUAUCAGUUGUACAUAUUGUUUCUCAUAAAUACGUUGUGAUCAUUGCAAAGUUCAAAGGGAGUUAAGGAGACAUGCACUGCUCUUUAGAGAUUGGACGAGAUCUAGUUUAGCUUUUGGGAUAGCUUUCCAAAUAGAAAUAGAUUUAGUUUAGCUUUCGUCUUUAUGACCUCAAACCAGCUUCAAUCUUAACUGACGCCUGCAACUCAAACCUUUGAGCAUGUUGCUGCCUGAUCCAAAGAUGCCGCAUCCAAAAGCACUCUGUCUUGAAAAUUCCUGCAAUAGCAUGACAGAAAGGUAAUUCUCAUUAAUUUUCUUGGAAAAAUCUUGAGAAACAUAUUCAGUGUCAGUCCUGCUAGUGUCAACAAGGAAGCCUCGUCAGUUUUAAUUCCCUUAAUGCGCUUCUUAGAGAAUUUUUGUGUUGUGCAAUAGUUGAACGACAUCUACAUCCAGUUUUGUGCAAUAAUGAAAGUACUUAGAUGCUUUUCGAGUUACCAUUGACAGGUUUUGUUUUCUCAUGUUGACAGCUUUCCUCCUGCAACUCAUCCUCCGGCUCAUCAGCAUUAGCUCCCCUAGAGUCCUCGGUCGUCUUACCAUGAGGCUGCUAUUACUUUCUCUAUCCUCAGUUGUACCAUUUAGCUCUGUUACACUAGAAAGCUGUCUCUCAGAGGACUCAACUUUUUCUACGAAACCAGAGUUCGGUGGAAGUAUUGGAAAGAGGCAUUCCAAGAAGGAAGCACCCACAAGGCUUGAAGUUCCAGACGCAGAACUGCUUGUGCUACUCUUAGAGUCUGAAGCUGGUGAUGAAGGACAGGAUUGAAUCUCUGGACCAGCAUCGCCCCUCGAGUAGAUCAUUUGCACCGGAAUGGCUGUGGAGAUCGUCGUAGACGACAAAAAGAGAUUCACCAGGACAGAGGGUGGGGAACUAAAUGAAUUAUCAUUCGUUUCAAAGAGAAAUGGUUCACCAUCCAACUCAGAUGUUUCAUCAUUUGAGUCACCAUCACCAUCAUUGUCGCUAAAAUCUCUGUAAGAACCAUCAGCUUCUAGGCAAUGGGAGGGGGGUAGAGGCAAUGGUGGGCCAACGAGGUUUGUGUUUGUGGUCGGUGUCUUGGGUUCUGUCGGUGGCUGUGAGAUAGAGGUGAGUGGUUUUCCUGGUUUUUCCUCCCAUGUGAAGGGGAUUGAAGCAACUAGCUUGGCUGGUGGUGGAACUGGCCUAGACGAGGAAGCGUUGUCCUUCCAGUCCUUUUUGGGCAUUCCAGGCCUCUCUUCCCAAAGAAACGGUAUUGAAGGUGGUUGCCUGACACGCUUCUUUUUGGGAUCUUCCACCUCUUUUUCAGCCAUUUUGGGUGGAGAAGAAAUGGCAGAUGGAUCGUGUACAAUUGCAUCUGCAGUUACGUAGUGGUUAUAUAUGUGCACGGGAGUUCUCUGUCCUGCCUGAACCGUUGCAAGGUACUAGGAGGCUACUGAGUGGAGAGGGGUUGACCGACUUUAUGUUCUACCUGCACCAUUUCCUACUAUAAGAGAUUAGGAUUACCUGCUCUCUGACCUCUGUGUGUGUAUGAUUCUCUAAAAUUUUAAAUGACAAAUGGACAAACUGGUGAGGAUUUGCAAAUUGACGCUGAUCCCAUGCAAGAAAGUUCUAGGAAGAGUCGCUGUGCUUUCCUAAUACGUCCAUCACCUUGCUUUGAUCGUUUCUUGAUUUUUGGUUCAGAAUCAGACAAUGCUUUCGUCAAAA